CCCUCCCCCCCUACCAUCUCUAGCCUCAUCCCUCCCUCCCGCACAAGUGAUCCUGCCUCCUUUACAGACGCCAUAGAUGAUUUACCUCGCUUGAGUGUGUCGCUCGACUUAAUCCAGGGAGAUGCCGUGGACUGUGACAAAUUCAUUCAAGCGAGGUCUCAUGAUGAAAACUUACGGGCGUCCGCUGUGGCGCGUAUAUGACGAUGACCAGGGACCCGCCGCCAAAAAAAGACGCGUCGCGUUAUCCGGCUUCGACUCGGAUGAGGCGGAGAAUAGUAUUCAAUAUGCCAUCCGAGAAUCAUCCGCUGCCGUGCUAUCCAGUCCAUCACGUCGCAACUCAGUCGUGCUCUCCGAAGGAACUCAGGAUGAUGAUCUGUCGACGCCUCCAUCGUCGCCCCCGCCACGUUUAAGCCCCCCGCCCGCCAAUACGCGAAAACCGACUUUUGCUUUUCUCAAACGCAAGCACACUGCCACCAAAGAUGCUGCCGGUAACAGCACGCCUUUAACCGAGGUCAACUCCAAUAGUGUGCGUGCCUCGAUGGAUCCCCCAAAGAAGAAGACGACCGCCGCCGCCGCGACGACGACGACGGCAACGACGGCAACCACGUCAACCCCAGCGACACCGCAAUUGCAACAACCGGGCGCUUUGAAGCAGAUGCAGAUCGAUGUAGGCUGUGAGGUGCGGCGAACCUGUGCGACCUGCGGUAUGGAAUAUGUGCCCUCAAAUGCGGAGGACGCAGCUACGCACAAAAAAUUCCACGAAAUGAACUCGACUGGGGUGGAUCUGGGCAAGGCAUUCAUGCGCGCCAACGCAUCUCGUUGGGUUUAUGAAGCCACUCGCUUUGACGAGGGAUAUGUGGUCAUUGUCGAUCGCAAAGCAUCCCCAACGGCAAAGAACCAGGCCAAGAAGGUGCUCGAGGUCAUUUGCAAGGAGCUUUCUUCCCCCAUCAUCGAAGACGAAGUUUUAUGGAGCCAGACAGAGCCACCGGUUCACCUACGCAAAAAUGGCACGACGGAGAAGAUAGAUCGCUACAAGGUCUUCUUACACAUGAAGGAUAGCCGCUGCGUGGGGGCCUGUUUGACCGAGCGGAUUUGGGAAUCUCGACCGAUCCAGAAAUCCUCCGCCCCGGCCCCGGGCACCACCGACUCCUCGGUCACGGUUCGCGACGAACACCACCCGGCUAUCGUGGGAAUCUCUCGGAUCUGGACUUCGGAAUCCUCGCGUCGCAAGGGAAUUGCUAUGGAUUUAUUGGAUUGUGUGGUCAGCAACUUCAUCUACGGCAUGGAAAUCCCCAAGGAACAGAUUGCCUUCAGCCAGCCGACCGCGAGUGGCAAAGGUCUGGCGCAGUCCUUCUUUGGUAACGACGAGUGGCACGUGUAUGACGAGCAAUGAAUCCUCGAUUGAACAACGGCCGUGACCUCUGGGGCCGGCAGCCUGCCACCCGGAUGCAAAUUACCUCUCUAUUUUAUUUCUUUACUUGUCUUCUUGAUACACGGGCGUGUUGAUACCCUGCUUUCUCGGGCAUUGACCUUGAAGAAAGCCAAUACUGUGAUGAUGACCAUUUAUUAACUACUGCUUUUGUGUGUCUGUACUGUACAACUGACGGUGUUCUAUUGGGAGGGGGUAUGUUGGGUUUUGUGGUUGGUCUUUGCAUGCUUAUGUUUUUGUUUUUCUUUUGUCCUUCUCUUUAUUAUCUUCAUUGUAACAUAUACCUCCUUUGGAUUUUAUCAGACUCAUAACCAUGGGCAUCAUUGUUGUUUUUUCAUUUGUCAGAUGUUGUCGGAACCGGUUCAACGGUCCUCU